UGAAACAAGAUUUGGCCCAAUCUAUCCAUAUAAAUAUAUCGCUAGGGUUUUCGCCCUAUGCGGCAGACCAGUUCGCAUCGCGCAGGAGCAGAGUAGAUACGGCAUGAAUGGCUCGGAUCAAGGUGCACGAGCUUCGUCAGAAGACGAAGGCGGAGCUGUUGGCGCAGCUGAAGGAUCUGAAGGCGGAGCUGGCGUUGCUGCGGGUGGCGAAGGUGACCGGCGGCGCUCCGAACAAGCUUUCUAAAAUCAAGGUGGUGAGGCUGUCGAUCGCGCAGGUUCUGACCGUGAUUUCGCAGAAGCAGAAGGCCGCUCUUCGCGAGGUUUACAAGAAUAAGAAAUACUUGCCCCUCGAUCUCCGCCCUAAGAAGACGCGAGCCAUCCGCCGCCGCCUCACCAAGCACCAGGCAUCUUUGAAGACGGAGAAGCAGAAGAAGAAAGAAAUGUACUUCCCCAUGAGAAAGUACGCAAUUAAAGUUUAAAUUGAAUUUGUUCGUGGGUGAGUAGUAUCUGUUCAAUAACGAAUUUGAAUCUAAAAAAGUAGAUAAUGACUCUAAAUGUUAUACUAUUGUUCAAAGCCAGCAGCAUAAAGGAUCGAAACUAGUAAACAUCUUCUGCUUCUAUGAUGGAGGGUUUGUAGGUUAUGGUGCUAAUAAUGAGCACCAUGUAGGUUAACCUUAUUUACCACAUUCAAAGAUACAUAUAUAUAUAUAUAUAUAUCUGUUCAUUUUGCUUUUCUUGAAAUAUGGAGUUAGUAUGACAAUUA